UUUUUCCCCCUAGCGGAGCGCUUCUGGGCCUGCUGGUCUGUGGCGAGCCGCGGAUGCUGGUCUCUGUUCCGCAGGAUGGGGUUUGUUAAGGUUGUCAAGAAUAAGGCUUACUUCAAGAGAUACCAAGUGAAAUUUAGAAGAAGACGAGAGGGUAAAACUGAUUAUUAUGCCCGGAAAUGCUUGGUAAUUCAAGAUAAAAAUAAGUACAACACACCUAAAUACAGGAUGAUAGUUCGUGUAACCAACAGAGAUAUCAUUUGUCAGAUUGCUUAUGCCUGCAUAGAAGGAGAUAUGAUAGUUUGUGCGGCUUAUGCUCAUGAACUCCCAAAGUAUGGUGUGAAGGUUGGCCUGACAAAUUAUGCUGCAGCAUAUUGUACCGGCCUGCUGCUGGCCCGCAGGCUCCUAAAUAGGUUUGGCAUGGACAAGAUCUAUGAAGGCCAAGUGGAAGUGACUGGAGAUGAAUACAAUGUGGAAAGCAUUGAUGGUCAACCUGGUGCCUUCACCUGCUAUUUGGAUGCAGGGCUUGCCAGAACUACUACUGGAAAUAAAGUUUUUGGGGCCCUCAAGGGAGCAGUGGAUGGAGGCUUGUCUAUCCCUCACAGUACCAAACGAUUCCCUGGUUAUGAUUCAGAAAGCAAGGAAUUCAAUGCAGAAGUACAUCGAAAGCACAUCAUGGUUCAGAAUGUUGCAGAUUAUAUGCGUUACCUAAUGGAAGAAGAUGAAGAUGCUUACAAGAAACAAUUCUCUCAAUACAUAAAGAACAACGUAACUCCAGACAUGGAGGAGAUGUAUAAGAAAGCUCAUGCUGCUAUACGAGAGAAUCCAGUUUAUGAGAAGAAGCCUAAGAAAGAAGUUAAAAAGAAGAGGUGGAACCGUCCCAAAAUGUCUCUUGCCCAAAAGAAAGAUCGGGUAGCUCAGAAGAAGGCAAGCUUCCUUAGAGCUCAGGAGCGGGCUGCUGAGAGUUAAUAAACCAAACCACAAUUUUCUAUGAAGAUUUUUCAGAUAAAGACAGUAAUAAACUUAUUCAUCAAGCAGCUGUCUGUGUUAAACUCUUAUUAAUGAAACUGUUGGAAAUAACCUGAAAUAAAAAAGCAGAGGAGUU